AGCAUCAUUUAGCGUUUAGUAUAUGGCCGUCUUUGAACUCGGAAGGACAAUGUCGGGCGCACAGAAGCUUCAGGAACCUGCAUUCGUGCAGCUUAGCGAACUGGCAUCGGAGGGUAGCGGUGGUCGAAUCUGCUUCGCCACGGACGAUUGGUUUGCCCCGGCCGAAUGGAUGCUGAAGGAUACCGAACCGGUGUUUAUCCCGGACAAGUACACCUCCUAUGGCAAGUGGAUGGAUGGUUGGGAGACGCGCCGCAAGCGGAUUGCAGGUCAUGAUUGGUGUAUCGUAAGGUUAGCGGCGCCAACGGCCAUCAAGGGUAUCCUGGUGGAUACGGCGCAUUUCACGGGGAAUUACGCGCCAAAGUUUUCGAUCCAAGGGGCACGUCUGACUAGUGCCGAAGAAAACAUGAUUCCGGAACGAGGUGAGGAGAUGAUAGGAACUGCGUGCAGUGAGAAGGAUUCUAAAAUGAUGGCUCAGUUAAAAAGUGAGCAAUGGACGAAGAUCGUCGGGAUGACUGCGUUGAAACCAGGCUACGAAGAUACCCGGAAGCAGUACUUCACCAUUGGCAAUUGCAACGAAGUAUUCACCCAUCUGCGGGUCAACAUGUAUCCGGAUGGGGGUAUUGCGAGGCUGCGAGUUUUCGGAGAAGUUCAACCGGACUUGGCAGCUGUCAAGGGGAAGGCGAUUGACUUGAUUGGAAUGCUAAGUGGAGGUCAAUGUCUGGGCUUUUCCAACGCCCACUACGGUCAUCCACGGAACUUGAUCAAACCGAAUCGUGGUCUCAACAUGGGAGAUGGCUGGGAAACUGCACGGAGACUGGACCGACCGGCGAUCUUGACGACGAACGACAAAGGAAUCCUGCAGGUGCCCGGCUGUGAAUGGGCAAUUUUCAAACUAUGCGCGAAGGGUUUCGUGGACCGGAUCGUGGUUGAUACCAAUCAUUUUAAGGGAAAUUUUCCCGAUAAUGUUAAGAUUGAGGCUGCCUUGCUGGGUGAUGAACAGACGGUACUUUCGACGCAGUGGAAAAUUAUGCUGGAUAACAGUAAGCUGUCGGCCCAUAAGGAACACACUUUCGACGAUGAAUCACUUGAAUUUCGGGGUCCAUGUACUCACGUGAGAAUAACGAUGGCCCCGGAUGGAGGAAUUUCCAGAGUGCGAAUGUUUGGAAAGGUUUUGUGAGAUGGCAUUUCAAUAACAGA